AUGAAAUGUCUGAAGAUCAAUCAGGAGGAUCCUGUCUUGUUUUCCUCAACGUUACGCUUCAAUGUUGAUCCCUUCAACCGCUUUGCCGAUAGCGACAUAUGGUUGGCUUUGGAGGCUUGUCAGUUGAAGGAGAUGGUCUCGAAACGCGAACACGGUCUGAUGACAGAAAUUGAAGAAGGAGGAAAGAAUAUCAGGUAA